UGUUCACGUUCUGCUGUCACCUUUCACCCCUUUUACGUCAUAAUUUUUAGUUAUAGAAUAAAAAACCUCUUAGCAAAAAACAGCUGUUCUGACAUGUUAUGAAUUGAAAAAGAAAAAUCAUUCUAUAUUCAUAUUCAAUUCAUAAAACAGUUUUCGGCGACGCAUAGAUGUGGUAAUUUGAAUCCGCAUCGUGGGAGCUUCGCGUCGCAACCGCGAGAGAAUAGAGCGAUCUCGCACAUUGAGGGACGGUGGAGAGCAACUGGAGAAGUGAGUUAGUCGAAAACCUUUUGCUGCGGAUCGAUCUUCAGCUUUACCACGCACGGCACCAACUUUACUAUCAGCUUCUUCACCAGUCCAUUCUCAGGAUGACGACGCAGCAGCCACGACAAUUACGUAGGGACCAUCAGCAAUUGAAGCAGGCUAUGUUUGCGCGAAUCUCGUUCUAUCCAACGUUGUUCUACAACGUGUUCAUGGAGAAAGUAACCAAACGUAACUGGUACGACCGAGUGGACGAAAACAUGAUCCUCGGAGCGCUGCCGUUUCGCUCAGUGGCACCGGAAAUGGUGCGACAGGAAAACAUCAAAGCCGUCGUGUCGAUGAAUGAAGACUACGAACUGUGGUUGUUUUCGAACAACCGGGAACGGUGGGCCAAAUUGGGGGUGGAUUUUCUGCAGUUAGCUACCACUGAUAUUUUUGAAUCGCCAUGCCAGGAGAAGUUGUGGAGUGGAGUUAGAUUCAUCAAUCAGUUCCUACCCAGGGAUAAACGCAUGGCUGCUUUGAAAGAGGACAACGUUGGCAAUGGAUCUCAGGAGGAUCGCGUGGGGACGGUUUACGUACACUGUAAAGCUGGUCGGACGAGAAGUGCCACCCUGGUUGGGUGCUAUCUGAUGAUGCGCAACGGCUGGAGCCCGGAACGAGCGGUGGAACAUAUGCGUGCCUGCCGGCCACACGUGCUUCUCGGCAGCAAACAAUGGGAAGCCCUGCGGAUAUUCCAUAGCACCAGAAUGACAAGUCAACAAGAAUCCUCAACAGGAGCACCAGCUGCGAGGGAUUGACGAGACGAGUUUACGAUGACAAACUAGAACUAUUCAAUUGUAAAUAUAGACCGCAAACAAAUGGUUUGAAAUAAUCAGUUGACUCCGACAUGAAUCGAAAUAUAUUUAAAUAUGAAAAAGCUUCGCUUUAUGCAAAUUUCGCCAGCAUGAUCACUAUCACUA